UUUAUACAAUCACAAUCAUACAAAUUGAAAAUUCCUAUUUACAUUAUUUACAAGUUACCGAGUAGAUAGAUUGGCGUAAUCUCCUCAAUUUUUUCAAUUUAAAGCAGCUAAACAAUGAUAUUGAAAUCUUUUGGAUGUCAGCCAAUGUGCAUGAUACGCUGUUUUAGUGAAGCAAUUGAAGUUAGUAAAAUUAAACGAAAACAUAUUCGGAAUGUCAACUAUUACAUGCCUUUACUUUCGGAAGCAAGACGAGAGUCUAUUAAAAAAAUUGUUUCUAUACAAAUGUCUGGUCAUUAUUUGAGUUGUACCACUAUACUUCGAGAUGGCAAUAUUCUUAAAGAUUGGAAGGUACUUAAUAUGCCAGAAGAGAUGAACAAAUUUAAUUUAGAUGAUGUCUACAAUUCUGUUGCUGCACUUAUGAAAGAUAUACCUGAAAGUGAUAUUUACCUAAUUGAAAACCAUGUGAAAAUGCCAAACAAUGUGAAUGUUGCUGGUGCUAAUUUAUUUUAUGUUAAGUUACAAACACUUGCUAUGUUAAUUGCUCUUAUCAACAACAGCCAAGCUAUGAACACUUCUUCAGAUAAUACUCAAGAAUCUAUGAACAAAGUGGUACUAAUGAAAGCACGUUUACAUGCCAGACUAUUUCGAAUUAUUAUUGGUACAGAAAUCAUUUCAUCACAAGAUAUAACUGAAAUGAUGCUAAAAGGCAUCUUUCCUGAAUAUAUUACUCCUGUUGUUCCUGCAAUUGAUGCUAUUUUAACUUAUAGAUCAAUGAAAGAACCAAUUAUAAAAGAACUUAUGUCCAAUGGUCUUAUGUUAGCAAUGACUUUUGUAGAUCUAGUAUUAAAUUCAAAUCCAAAAAGCAUACAAGCGCUUAAUGAAAGUUCUAAGAGAAAAUUAAAAACCACAAAAAAGUUAUAAUGUUAAUUCUAUGUUAGUGAUCAUUUAAUGAAAAUAAAAAU